AUGGACGCCCGGUCUCGAAUACGCUCCCGUGAGGCCCUGCCCGGUCAUCCAGCCACGAAAACCCCGACUAUCUCCUGUUGCUUGGUUCUUCCAAACACUCAUGUUCUGCUUAGCACAAUUUCUAAGGGGAUGAAUUUGGAGCCCGAACUCCGAAACACCACAUUCGAUGCAGAACUUUCACGGCCAGCCUGGGGAGGAAAACACUUGCGCCAAAACAGAAUCAUGAUGAAUAUCUGA